CAGUGUGUGGGCAGCAGCAGCAGCAGCGAAGGAAGGAGGCGAGUUUUGUCCUUUCCGUUGCUAGUCCUGCGAAGGAACUGGCCGGCAGCAACCAUGGCCUCGGCUCCUCUCAGGCCAGAGUCGGGUUGCCAAGCGCGAAGGGCAGGAGCAGCAGCAGCAGCAGCGGCGGAGGGCCGGCAAUGAGCGACCACCAGCAGCUGCCCUUUCCAGCCUCUGCCGUCCAGGCCGCGCGCGGGCGCGGGUCUCCGUGCGGACCCCCGGAGCUUCUCCUCCUCGACGGCCCUCUCUCCGCCCGCGGAGGCCCCGCCAUGUGGGGGAGACUCCUUUCCGAGAUCGGCCAAAACGGCGACUACAGAGCAGGCGCAGAAUAUUCUUCGUCGGGAUGGUUACCUGGUACUGAUCCACUGUGGCAAGCCACAACUGGUUCAUCGAGCGGUCGGAGUACCCACCUGAGAAGACACAGCAUAGCUUCUGACAGUGGGGACACUGGAAUCGGAACCUCCUGUUCUGAUAGUGUGGAAGAUCAUUCCACCUCAAGUGGUACUUCGUCAUUUAAGCCCAGCCGGUCACUGGUCUCGAUUCCUACUGCCCAUGUGAUGCCGUCUAAUACCAGCUCUUCGCUAUCCCAGCAUAGGGAACCUCUGAAGUCUGACUGUUCAAAAUGGAGUGCAAGCCUUUUGAGGUCCGCCGCAAGCAGGCAUCAGGGCAUCCUGGACAGUUCUCUUGACAUGAAGGACUUGAGGCCUGUAAGGAAAUGGUCAUCUUUGUCUAAACUCAGCGCACCCAUUACCUGUAGCCAGGAUGGGGGUGUUUAUUCAGCAGAGUGCAGGACAAGCAUGGAUAAAUUAGGAAGAGACAGCACUGUGUCACCACAAUUAAGAAUAAAUGGGACGAGCUGUUUGCACAACAGCAUGGAAUUACUCAAGAUGGAGGACAGAGAAACUGGGAAAAAAAGAAAUUCUACCUUGGACUGCAAAUACAAAUUUGAAAGUUGCAGCAAGGAAGACUUGGGUGUUCUUGAUCCCUCAAACAGGAGACAUGCCUUAGAUAUGACCUAUAGUGCCUUACCUGAAAGCAAGCCUGUCACAUCCAAUUGCGAGGUGUUUCAUCAAGGAUAUAUAACUUUGGGACCGCAGGCUGUGAGCGGGGUUCCCAUUCAACCCUCAGAGAGGACUCAGAGAUGGCUUACAGAACAAUUUCAUACAAACCCUCCAGAGCCCAGGCCUUCUGAAGAGCCAUACAGUUUAUCUCCUUGGCAGUUACAGCAGCUUGAAGAACUUAGAACAGGAAGUGAACAUCCUGUGCAGGUUCUGAGUGGAUCAUCUCAUCAGAGUUAUCCAGCUGCAAGCUUUCAGGAUUUCAACAAUUGGGAAUCCCUGAUGAAAAUCAAAGAAGGAUUGCUAAGGCAAAAAGAGAUUGUGAUUGAUCGGCAGAACCAGCAAAUUAACCUUUUAUAUCAGAAAAUAAGGGAGAAUGAACUCCGAGCUCAGCAAGCAAGGCUCGGGCAUAUUGUGAAUUGUGAAGACCCUUACAUGAGUAGUUUCCAGCAGCCUCAGUACGAGAGCACAGCAAUGCAGGCUCAAUUUGCAGAGAGACCUGUGGCCCACUGUGAAAGGGACGAGCUGGAACGAAAGCUUGCAGCAGUGCAGAGUAAGGAGCUACAACUCAGUGAGUUUCUCAAACAAAUGGCAAACAAAUCUAAUGAAGAUAAAAAGAAGAUGGAAGAAAAGCUCAAAACUAGAGACAGGUACAUAAGCAGCCUGAAAAAGAAAUGCCAAAAAGAAUCAGAGCAAAACAAAGAGAAACAGAGAAGAAUUGAAACUCUUGAAAAGUACCUGGCUGACCUGCCAACGCUGGAUGAUGUUGAAAGUCAAAGUAAACAGCUUCAAGUUCUUGAAGAAAAGAACAAGCAGCUGAAAGCUACUUUGGCUGAGCUCGAAAAGGAUCUACAAGAGUCCAAAACACAGUGUAAAGAACAAGAUUUGCAGCUAGUUUGUCAGAAGAAGAAAGAAAAAGAAUUGGUAACAGCAGUGCAGAGCCUGCAGCAGAAGGUAGAAAAAUGCCUGGAAGAUGGUGUCCGCCUUCCUAUGUUGGACACAAAACAGCUUCAGAGUGAAAACGAAAGCCUCAAAGAGAAAAAUGAGAAAGCUAGCAAGGUCAUAGACAAUCAACAGAAUCAGAUUGCUGAGAUGACUUUAGAGAUUCAGUCUAUGCAAGAUAAGCUUUUGCAAGGAAAAGUGACAAUUCAAAAACAGAAAAGUGAACUUGAAGAAAAGGAUAAGAGUGUACAGCAGUUACAAAAGACGCUACUUGAAAACCAAAGAUUUAUGGAAGAAAAUGCAUCUUUGAGGGAACAGAUUCAUCAGAUGGAGCUGUCCAGACAGCCAGUGGCUGAAAAACUACCUGUGGCUGAUCAGUUGUUCAAGGAAAUGUCUCACUGUUUAUUUGACUUGAAAGCACUUUGCAGUAUUCUUACCCACAGAGCUCAGGGCAAGGAGCCUAACCUGUCCUUACUGCUGGGAAUCAGAUCAAUGAGCUGCUCAUCUGAAGAUGAGAAUUACCACAGCACAGAAACUCUCUCAAAGAAACUCUUAGAGGUGUGUCAGUUACAAAAAGAUAUUGAUGAAUUGAGGACUAUAAUAUCAGACUGCUAUGCUCAAGACAUGGGAGAAAAUUGCAUUACACAGUGAUAAAAGGUUUGGCUCACGGCAACAGUGACUUAAGUUAUUAAAUGCUGCUCUGGUUUUA